AUGGCCGACGGCGGCGGCACCGGCAGCUCGGGCUCCUGGUGGAGUUCGCUAAAGAACAGCAGGAAGAAAAGCAAGGACGCCGCGGGGGGUGCGAAGCCUCCCGCCCAGCCUGACCCCGGGGAACCCGCGGCGCCCGCCCCGCCUGGCCCCGACUGGACUAGCAGUUCCCGGGAGAAUCAGCAUCCCAAUCUCCUCGGGGGCGCCGGCGAGCCCCACAAGCCAGACAAGUUGGGCGGGGAGAAAUCGGGCAACAGCCGCCGAAAUUUGAAGAUCUCGCGCUCGGGCCGCUUUAAGGAGAAGAGGAAAGCGCGCGCCACUCUGCUCCCCGAGGGAAUCAGGUCCUCGGAAGAGGCGAGCUUCUCUGGUGACCCGCACGACGACAAGCAGUAG